AUGGACAAGCAAUCAGAAACAACAGUGAAGGCUUCCUUGGACGAAAAAAUUUCCAGUAGCUCUUUACAUGAUGAGGAGAAAGAAUUUCAACGCUCUUCAACACAUGGACUGUGUUCUGCAGAAAAAUUAAGCGUCAUCAUUAGAGAAGCUUACGUUCCUAGAAUAUCUGUAAUCUGCUCUCGCGAUGCUGAUGAAUUUGCAAUAAAUAAAGGUUUCUCGCAAGGAUUUUGGGAAUUACUUUAUCCUUUUGGUGACCAUGUUCGUGGAAAAGUACGAAGACGUAAUAUGCAAGAUCAUAUGGUUACGCUGGAAAAAACAAGUCUACAAUUCGUUCCCGUAGAUUCUUUAGAGUCUCACCUUAGUGAUGUUCCCGUAGUCUCCAUACGUGAUAUAUUGACAGCCAAAAAUCGCACUCUUGUACUUCCUGAGGCACCUUCAAAAUAUACUUUUGGUAUCCACUACAAAAACUUAGAACGAUGGGCUUGGAAUUUAGCUCAUGACCAAAGUUAUGAGAUGUCAACUGCCAUGUACAUCCGGCAACUUUUGACGGGUGUGCCUGUAUCAUCUUUCGAGACAUUUUCUCAUCCUGUUGCACACCUUGUCGUCGUAACAUCACACAACCCGACUCCUUUUGAAUCUCUUCGAGAGAUAAUUAACUCACUUCCUCAAAUAUCCCUCCCUGCGUUUGUUUCGAACGAUAUUCUUAAUUUCUUUGUUUAUGUUCAUGAUGAAGACCAACAUGACAUUGAACUAUCAAUGGCUAUAUUCGAUACGAUGUUACAGACGUUUGGUGGAAGAGGUUAUUUCCUGAGAUUACAUUCUCAGAAAGCUACCCUAGAUUAUGAACACACAAUCCCUUUCCCUCGCUCUUCUUGGUUAUCGGCUGAAGAGCGACUGCGACUACUUGACGGUUCACAGAAAGAACAGCAGUUGCUUUUUGAAUCAGACGCUGAGUCAAUAAAAAGAUUAGUAAGUCAUAUUGCAUUCAAUGGUGUUAUUCCACAUCUGGAUAAAUGUGUAAGACAAUGGGAUGAUCAAUAUGCAUCUCCUAGACGCGGUUUCACCGGAAAAUUGUUUUUUGCUUCUAAAAAGUUGAUAUCUACACAAAAUAAUACCCAUAAUUCCAAUUUUUUUGCUUCUUCGAAUGUCUAUCGUCCAGACUCGAUAGAAGCGUACCUGCGAAGGUUAGCAGAUUACUCCUUUAUGCUUCGCGAUUACACGCAUGCCAAUCAAAUUUACGAAAUUGCAUCAAAGCAAUAUGCGAAUGACAACGCUUAUUUGUACUAUGCUGCUUCUUCAGAAAUGAUUGUUAUUACAGAAUACAUCAUACACCUCGACCGUCCUUAUAUGAGUUUAACUAACAAACUGCGUCUUAACGAUUGUAUGCGAUCCGCUAUGGAAAAUUAUUUAAAUAAACCUUUUAAUUCCUAUUAUCACGCCGCUCGCUGCUUUCUAUUAUUGGGUCAAUAUUUGAGUAGCUUGCCAAAUUCCAGAGAUGAUGCUGCUAAUUGGAACGCUGGCUUGGUGUUUUCGAAACGAUUGGGUCCUGUGGGAAGGGCUAUAAUUUUUCAGCAGACUUAUGAGCUUUACAGACAGAGUGAGUCGACAAAUUCAGACACAUUAACGGACAUAAGAAGACAUCGAAAAACAGCAUUUUGGUGUAUAAUGGCGGCAGAUGCAUGGUUACGUUGUCACAUUUCUUUCCGUGCUAAACCUUUUAUAGAUACAGCAAAGAAAUUCUAUUCUCAGGUAGCUUGGCCUGAUUUAGAGGAAUGCGCAACCAAGCUGGACGAUGUAGAUGUAUCUCCUAAAUCUUAA